AUGCUCCGCUCCCGCAUCCCCUCGGCCGCCCGCGUCGCCCUCGAGGCUCGCCGCGUUGCCCCUACCCCUCGCCUCGUCGCCAACGCCGCCCGCGUCCAGGCGCGCAGCGUCAACACGAGCGCCGUCGGGACCAACCUCGUCAAGGACAACGGCGACACGCUCACGCUCCGCCACCCGGAGGAGUACUUCCAGGCGUACAAGACCGACAUCCCCUCGCUCGAGCACGAUGUGUCCAAGGAGCAGCUCGUCCAGAUCUACAACGACAUGGUCUCGAUGCGCCGCAUGGAGAUGGCUUGCGACCAGCUGUACAAGGCCAAAAUGAUCCGCGGUUUCUGCCACCUCGCCAUCGGCCAGGAGGCCGUCUCGGUCGGCAUGCACCACGCCAUCAAGACGGACGACAAGAUCAUCACGGCGUACCGCUGCCACCCGUUCGCGGUCCUCCGUGGCGGCACGAUCAAGGGCGUCAUCGCUGAGCUCCUCGGUCGCCAGGAGGGCAUGUCGCACGGCAAGGGUGGCUCGAUGCACAUCUUUACCCCGACCUUCUUCGGCGGCAACGGUAUCGUCGGCGCGCAGGUCCCGCUCGGCGCCGGCAUCGCGUUCGCGCAGCAGUACCUCGGCCAGGACAACGAGCACGCCACCUUUGCCAUGUACGGCGACGGCGCGUCCAACCAGGGCCAGGUCUUUGAGGCGUACAACAUGGCCAAGCUCUGGAACCUCCCCUGCGUCUUUGUCUGCGAGAACAACCUGUACGGCAUGGGCACGUCGGCCGCCCGCUCGUCGUCCAACACCAAGUACUUCCAGCGCGGCGACACCAUCCCGGGCAUCCAGGUCAACGGCAUGGACGUCCUCGCCGUCAUGCGCGCCGUCAAGUUUGCCAAGGAGUGGACGACGUCGGGCAAGGGCCCGCUCCUGCUCGAGAUGGUCACCUACCGGUACGGCGGCCACUCGAUGUCGGACCCGGGCACGACGUACCGCACGCGCGAGGAGAUCCAGCACAUGCGCUCGAGCAACGACCCGAUCACUGGCCUCAAGAACCUCCUCCUCGAGUGGGGCGUCGUCGAGGAGGCCGAGCUCAAGAAGAUUGACAAGGAGGCUCGCGCGAUUGUCGAGAAGGCUGUCGCCGACGCCAAGUCCUCCCCAGAGCCUUCUCUCGAGAAGACCCUGUGGGAGGACAUCUACUACAAGGGCACCAACCCGAUGUGGCUCCGUGGGCGCGAGCGCGAGGAGGCAAGUCGGACUCUUUUGUCGCGCAAAAUCCACCACUUUGCCAAGGACGACUCGGACCUGUACGAGGACGGCUGCCCGCAGUUUGGCUCCAAGGGCUCGAACAAGAUGGACUCGCUCACCUCGACCGUCUGA